CCGUCGCCCCCCUGUUUAGUUUCCUUGACAACGUGUAAACAAAUCCGGAAAAAUAAAAGAAAAUUCAUAGAGCUCAAAGGAAAAAUGAGCAAGACAUUAAAUACAUCUCUGCCAGAGGCCUUCAUACAGUUCCAAAUUCAGCUUAAAAAGGAAGAGAUUCAAUAUUUUGAGGAAGAAAUACGCCAACUAGAAGAUAAGAGGAAAAAACUCACAAAGCUGGCAAGUAUCAACAUUACGUUUGCGAAGAUGAAGGGAAGACUAAACUCAAACGCGUGUCUGCAGCAGGAGCAGCUGAGAGAAGAGCACAGAGGUCAUGUGCGUGAACUGCAGAAAAAGAUGAAGGAGCAGGAGAGGAACCUGGAGCAAAGGCAGCGAGAUGAUGAAGAGCAGGUGGAGAACAUGGCCCGGGAGGAUCGGGAGCUAAAACACAAGCAAGAGGAAGAACUAGAAGAACUGCGGUGUGAGCUUGCAAGGCUGCGGGUGCAAGUGAAGGAACUGCAGGAGAAACAGCAGACAUGGCUUCAGUAUAAGAAUGAGGACAGCAUUAAAGACCGGCAAAAGAUACAGAAACUGGAAAAAGACAUUGCCUUAACAAAAAGGACUUUUCAGGAGAUAUCAGGAUAUUUUCAGAGGUCUCUGGUUGCGGCCGUUAAUGAAAAUGAGCAAAAAGUAGCACAGAGUUUAAAGGAAGGCAUUCAGCUCGCCUUUGAGAGAGCAUACAGAAACCUUAACCAGAAUAGACUAGAGAAUAAAAGCAACUGGCUAAAAAAAGAGGUUCGCCUAUAUACCGAGAAAGUUGCAGUGCUGGAAUCCUCUGUCCAGAAGUUGGAAGAGGAGAUCUUGGAUCUUGUUUCCCUCAGCCCAGGCAGUGAGUUUCUUGCACAAUCUGCUUGCCUUGGGUCCCAUGGCACUCACAAUAUGGACAGGGACAUAAUGAAAAUAAGCCCUGAGGAAACAUCAGAGCUGGUCAACAGACCCUGGUGUCCCCUCCAACCAUUAACAGAAGUGAAAGGGGCUCAGCAGAACAGCAAAGCGACCACAACAACUUCCGUCCCUCCUGACUUGAGCGAAAUGUUCAGAGGUCAGACCGAUUUAAUGGGGCCGACGCAUCUGGGCUCGCUGGAGCAGAAGCUGCUGUGGGUGAUUGGUAAAGCAUACCCCCUGCACCCACCUCCAAAUGACCCCGUGGAUAUGGGAGAGGAGAUGACCUUUGACCUGAUGCAAAAUGAAAAGUGGCCAGUUACAACAGGUCUAAUACUUAGCAAGUUUAAACGGGCAAGUUCACAGUCUGGAGAAGCUGACAAAUCCACAGACGACACCUGUGAUAUUUAGCAGUUGGAUUAAAAAUUAAAACGCAAAUGGUGAAUAAUUCCUAUACACUGAUAGCUUCAUGCAGGCAUAAUUCUGUAAAUGACAACUGUGAAAUUCAGCAAACAAUUUAAGCACUCCAAAAAUUUAUAAACAAUUAUAUUAAAUUAAGUUAUGCAUCAUGUCUAUGUGAUUUGUUUUAUAUAUACACAUACAUACAUACAUACAUACAUACACACCAAAAAUAACAAACACUUAGUUCUGUGGAAGCUGCACUUUAUUUGAAAAUCACCCAAAUUCUGCUUCAUUUUUUUGUCAUAUAAACAAAAUAUAAUCUGCAGGGAUGAUGCAGUAAAUAUGCUAAAUCAAUGGAUAGAAUCGCCCUCAUAUUCGGACCACCUUUUGUGUACUUCCCUAUUGGACAGGGCCUGUUUAUGUACACAGGGCACUGAUCAACAGCGCCCCCUUUUGUCACUUUAUUGGACAGCUAGACACUACCGACCCCAUCCCGAUACUGACAGCAACCUGCGUUUCUUCCUCACAUUCACAUUCUCUCACACACACACACACACACACACACACA